UGAACAGUACUCAAAAAGUAUUAUAAAUAGAGCAUCCUCAAAGUGUCUUCUCACAAACUACUACAAAAUAUCUUCCUCUCAUAUCACUAGAGACCAAAGAUAAACUUAAACAUGGCAGAAACCCUUCGUUUGGCUGUUGCUGUUAUUGGAAAUGUUGCAUCAGUGUCACUUUAUGCUGCACCAAUUGUUACUUUCAAAAGGGUGAUAAGGAAAAAAAGCACUGAGGAAUUUUCAUGUAUUCCUUACACUAUAGGACUAUUGAACUGUCUCCUUUUCACUUGGUAUGGAUUGCCUAUUGUAAGUAACAAGUGGGAAAAUUUUCCUCUUGUCACUGUUAAUGGAGUUGGAAUUGUUUUGGAGCUAGCUUAUGUUCUCAUUUAUUUUUGGUAUUCUUCAUCCAAAGGAAAGGUGAAAGUAGCCAUGAUAGCUAUACCAAUUCUUCUAGUGUUCUGUGCCAUUGCUCUUGCAUCAGCUUUUGCCUUCCCUGAUCAUAGUCACAGAAAGCAACUUGUUGGUAGUGUAGGAUUGGGGGUGUCAAUAGCAAUGUAUGCUUCUCCUUUGGUUGUUAUGAAAAAAGUGAUACAAACAAAGAGUGUGGAAUUCAUGCCACUACCUUUAUCAUUGUGUUCAUUCUUGGCUAGUGUAUUGUGGCUUACUUAUGGACUUCUCAUUAGGGAUAUAUUCGUUGCGGGACCAAGUGUGAUUGGAACUCCCUUAGGAAUCCUCCAGCUGGUUCUCCACUGCAAAUAUUGGAAAAGAAAAGUUGUUAUUGAAGAACCAAACAAAGUAGAUCUUCCUAAGCUUGUAAGCUUAGAGAAUUUGGACUUGGAAAAGGGUGGUUUAGAAAAAGGGAACUUAGAAAAGAAUGUGACAACUUCUUAGGUGAUGAUGUGUAACAAUGUUCAAGACUUAAGAUUGGUGGCGAAGUCAAACACAAAAGUUUAGGGUGGCCGCCACUGUCUAAAAUGAAGAUUAAGAUUUUCACUAGUUUUUAUUAUGUUUUUUAUUAACCCUCAUCCCAAAAAAAAUUAAGUUAUGUUUUAUUAGUUAUAUAGCUAAUUAAUUUGCUAGUAGAUGUAUUAAUUCAUCACAUAAAUUGGAGUAUGGUUUCUAUUGUUUGUUCCUUUAAAGCUUUAUUUUCGUGGA